AUGAAGGAGUUUACACGAACCAUCGACGAAAAUUUUCCUGUUACAUGGCAUGAAUUUACAAGUAAAUCUGGUAGAAAAUAUUCAAUUGGUGAUAUUCAGGAUGAAUAUAAAGAAAUUAUUACGAAUCAUAUGGUUUAUGGAUUAGGUAGAGAUGAGCCGUUAUGUAAAUAUUCAAAUGCGACAACUUUUCCAAGCUUUUUGCUAUCAUCGAUGGAAGCUUGGAGAAGUGUAAUCAAUCAAAAUUUUAGUUUAAUUUGUUUGACAACAAAUGAAUUCGGAGAAAUUCAAAUUGCAGGAGCAAACUGUUUACACAUAGCUAGCGAAAAUGAAAAAGCUGCCUUUGAAGAUGAAAAGAAAACAUCUACAAGUAAAAUAUUAGAAACAUAUCUGCAUAUGGGUAAAAUGGCCGAUCCGUUUAAGAAGUUGGGAAUUCAAGAAUGUUUAACUGGAAUGGGAUUGUAUGUUUUACCUGAAUUUCGCGGUGAAGGAAUCGGAGUUGAAUUAUUAAAAGCAAGAGAACCAUUAGCUAGAAGUAUUGGUUUGAAAGCUACUUGUACAGUUUUUACAUCGAAAUUUUCACAAUUAGCUGCCUCUAGAGCAGGAUUUGAAGAUCUUUACAGCAUCCGUUACGAAGAUUUAGCAAAAAAUGAAAAUUUAGUCUUCCCUGGGAUCGAAGAACACACAGAAACAAUAAAAUUCAUGUACAAAUUGUAUAACUAG